AUGUCUGACGCCGGUCGCAAGGAUUUCUCCACCAAGGCCAAGGAGGAAUUGACUCCUGACUCCUCCAAGUCCACCCAGCAGAAGGUCAAGGAGACCGUCACCGAUACCACCGACCGCCUUGCCCGCGGUGUUCAGCCCGAUGACAGCAAGUCUGGCACCCAGGAAGCUUUCGACAAGACCCAGCGCAGCCACGACAACACUGCCCACGGCGGUGCCUCCAACUCUAUUGGUGACAAGAUCAAGGACACCCUUGGCUUGAACAACUAG